AUGAGCACCGUCUCUGAGAAGGUAUCAUCGGAGCUGGGUGCUGCUCCCCUCAACUUCAUCUACGCCUGCUCCGUAUGUUGCGCUUCCUUCGCCGAUGUAUACGAAGGUCACAAGGAGACCGUUCAUGGUCUGUCAGAUGGAAUCAACCCUAAAGAACGCCUUGUGACACGGCUCUAUCUCGCCAGUUGCUGCCAUGUCUUCUGCAGCAGUCACCUGGAGGGUGGCGGACCACCCUUCCAUGCUGCUGGACAGCGACCUAAAGCAAAAUGCCCCGUUUGUGUCAAGGAGAAAGGCGGGAGCGAGCCUCAGGAUCUCUUCUCGAUCCGCGGCUUCAACAAGGACGAGUACGAUUCUCAGAUCCCGCCUGCAUGGUUUACUGCGCCUCCCAUCCGGCUCGAUGGUAGCGGCAAAGAAAUGGAAGCACUGCGCUUUCAAUAUAUUGCGCUUAUUCGGUACUGCCAGAACGCCCAUGCUACCCGCAAGCCCCUCCAGCAGGCCUAUACAGAAACGGAGCAGAAACUGGCUAAUACGCAGGAACUCUUUUCGAAGGAGCGCGAAAAAGCCCUCAGUCUCCAGCAGGAGAACGAGCGACUACGGUUGCAGAAGGAUCAGUUCGGAGCCAUGAAAGCUGAAGUCCGACGACUACAAGGCCUUGAAAAAGAAAUUGCGCAUCUCCGUGAUGUUAAUCCAAAAGACCUAGAGACCUUUCUGGCCAACAAGUCAGCAAUCCGCCACUACUUGAAGCUUGUUCCUAUGCUAGUCGAUCAAAACGGAAGGAUGCAGGAGCGUCUUCGCCAACUCGGCUUUGCAAUGGCACUAGAACCUAUACCCAACUUUGAAGGAAUCGAUCCUCACGCAUUUGAUAGCGACGAGGCUCUGCCUGAAGACAUCGGGCACCCCGGUGCCAAGCUGCGAACGACAGCAUCAAGCCAUACUGUGGGCAGGUCGGCGCAUACAACAGGAAGAAUGGGAACAGCAUCCUCAGGCUCAUUUAUCCAGCGGCCUAUGAAGCGACAACGCCUCGAUUCGCCCCUUCCUAACAACACGCAAGUCGAUCCUCCUUCAAGUCGUGAUGCCAUGCCACCUCCACCAAAGCCGAUGUCUAGGAUGCAGUCCAUGCGCAAAAUGCUUCCAGGUUUCCGAAAAAAGUCUUCAAUCGAUCGCUCAAAUGACAUCGCGGGCGAUGUUUUCGAAGACAAUAACGACGUUCAGAUGUACGACAACGGAUAUUGGCGAGACACUGGAGCUGAUCGACGCCCUGGACACGACGAUUUCCGCAGCGAGACGCCCUAUAUGUCAGGAGCACUUCCUGUAGAACAGUCAUUCCAUGUCUCUGAUCCCCGAGAGUCACAACUCCUUCCUAGUAUGGGCUUCUAUGACAACCGAUCAGACUUUACGUUCCGGGCCUCUUCUCCGGUCAAAUUGGACAAGCAAGGCAAUAGUGAUCGUCCUGUCGAUUUACCUACCGAGCGUUCAUACAUUCGGCUGAUGGAUGGGUUGUCAAGCGACAGUGGAGUAGAGCUAGGCUUGAAGGAUCCUCGCAAGCAACCGAACACAAUUGACCGUGCGAAUGGCGAGAACAGGCAAGUGUUGCAUGGUUUUCUGAACGAGGACAAUCCACAAGGUGUUGAUUACGAAAAGCGUUGGGAUCUUGGACAUCCGUUCAUGCACCAAUCGCCAUUCAGAUCUUCCACCUCUACCGAUGUUCACGGUUAUCUUCCUAGCCACCACCAGACUAACGGAUUUACGAACAGAGUGCACAACGUCUCGGAUAUUAGUCCCGCCACACCGGCACCUAGAUGGCAACAACAUCGUGGUCACAAAAUCGAGAGUGUAUUCAAAUCGUUCCGGCGGCUAUCAGUCACAAAAGCCAAGGACGAACCAUCACAAGAUCGGCUGGGUUGA